AUGUCUACCGUAGUAGCUCAUGCUGGCAGAAACUCUUACUAUGCCCCUUUAGUCUCUAGCCCAUGCAGGCGCUAUCAAACUAGAGGCAACACCAGCACUACACAGGCGACGCAUGCACACACCAAAUCCGACCACCAGCGCAACUCCAGUAAAUACACGGCCGUGAGCUUACCUCUGGAGAACGUAGAUGCAGGACGUGCGCACAUCAGCACAUCAUUGGCUGUAGAAGAGGAGAUGCACCAGGAUGAACCAGUUGAUACCAUUUCCAGCACUGGUACCGCAGAGUCAUUGUGUUUGACUGAGCCAACUCCAGGGAAAAGCCGAAUGGAAUUCCGAGGUGUGAGAGCGUGCGAAUUUGAAUUAGUCGAACGCAUGGUGGGAGAACAGAAGCGUGUCCUGACAAAGCCACGUCUUUCUUACGACUAUAACGAGCACGUCCUCACCGUCGACAUGCCCAGCACCCUCCAUGAAGAGUUCUUGGACCAUCUUAAGGACUGCUUAAUACUUGCUAUCGCUACUAUUCCCUACGAUCACGAUGUAAUCACCACCAGGGUAGCUAUGAACUCCUCGAUGCGACUCAGACUCAGAGUCAAAACCAAAUCAGUUACCCCAGAUAUGGUCAUCAAGAUCACCCCUGUGAAGGGACCCAGAAAAUUUGUGGUGACUGCAGGGAUCGGAGAGUGUGCCCUUUCAGAGACUAAGGCGGAGGUUUUUGAGAAGGUGGAGGGUGAGAUCAGGACCCACCCAGAGGUCGAUUUUGUUGUGAUCAUAGUUGUAACCGAGGCCAUUUCCUACGCGUGUCCUGAAGUAAAUUCCACCGCAUGGAAGACCCUUCGCAACGGCGAGGAUGAUGACCCAUUUCCCCUCCCCCUCUCCCUCAAUUCCUUCCUCGAUCAACAAUCCAUGCCACGAUCACUAGACCACCCGUUGACAGUCGCCGAUCAUGACUGUUGCCAUAUCCAAAGCGUAGAGUACUACGUGUGGACUAAGGGAGACAACGGCAGUCCGAUUGACAUUCGUAACGAGAGUCCUGAGUCCAUGGCGUAUGGAACUUUACUGCCUACCUUAAAUAUGGACGCCAUCACCGCAAAGCUCAACGUCGGGCUGCGCAAGCUCAGGGAUAGCAUUGCUGCUGUCUCUCGGAGGAUCGACCCACUAUUCGAUUGCUCAGUGCUCCAAGCUGCCGAGGUCGCGCUGUCCUUACACUGGCACGUCGCUGCCCAAAACAUCUUGGGUGCGGGAGACGUCUUUGCCCACGAGCGCUAUGAGAUCUGGCACCAUGCAGCCUUUGUAGACACAGAUGAUUCUUACUUCCCCUCGGCGGCAGAGCAUACUCCAGAGUCGGAGGAGAUCCCAAUCGCUCACUCUCGCGCACACUCCACAACUUGCAAGGGUGCCAAGAACUCCCGGGCUCCCAAGAAGUACAAGGCCAAGUCCAAAGGAGUCGUAAAGCGCGUCAGGGCUUAG